AUGGCAGGCGAUAACAUCUCGACAGUCGUGCCACCGAAGCGAGCUCUUACCGACUAUCCGCUUAUCGACUCUGACCCGCAUGUGCGACGAGUUUUCGGAUAUGCGAGGCCCUCAGACUAUGCGGUUGCUGGUGCAUCUGCUGCGGCAUCUCCGCUUGCAUUCUGGGUUAUGGAGAGAGUGAGCCCUUCGCAUGUGGGUAGGGGAGGUUUCUCGCCUGUAAUGCGCCUGGCGGUGGCGAUUGGUCUUAUUGGUGGUACACACAUCCUCUACUCGAGGUCGUGCAACCGUUUCCAUGGCCUCACGGAGAACUCAAGGGAGGUUAAGAUGGACAUGAGAGAAAUGGUCGACAAGGUUAAGAAGGGCGAGCCUUUGUAUGGGGUUUCGAAAGUCUCCCCCCACCUGCAGGGCGUGGCUGCCCGGAACUCUCGAAACUCCAACUUCUUCCUUCAGGUUAUUCCGUGGUUCAACCUUGUCAACCAUGAACACCACGGUGUUGAUACAGCAAAAUACUAUCAGCAAGCCGAACGGGAGCUUGAAGCAGAGCGUCUGUCUAAGCUGAGCUCUUGA